AUGGAUCGCUACGUUAAUGGUUUAGUUGUCAAAAGCCGUAGCAAGAAUGAUCACCUACAUGAAUUGAAAAGAAUGUUCGACCUUAUGCAAUCAUAUCAAUUGAAGAUGAAUCCAACCAAGUCCUUCUUGGAAAUGUCCAGUGGUAAAUUUCUUAGGUUUGUGGUUAUAGCUAAUGGAAUCCACCACGAUCUGGAUAAAGUCAAAGCUAUUCAAGAGCUUCCACCUCCUAGAAAUCUUAAGGAGCUUCACGGUCUGCAAGGGCUUCUAGGUUACAUCCACAGGUUCAUUUCCAACUUGUCCAGCAAGUGUCAACCGUUCCCAAAACUCAUGAAGAUAGGCUUAUCUUUUGUAUGGAAUAAGGCUUUCCAGAAGGCAUUUGAGGACAUUAAAUUAUAUCUCUCUAGCCGACCUAUAUUGGUUGCACCAAAAUCGGGUCCAGAAGGCAUUUGA